AAUCGGAUCGAGACGGUUCCGUUAAAGCUACCAUGUAAUGUUUACUUCUUUCGAACAACGGCGUGUUCUCCUUGGCUAACACUGUUGGAGAUCGCAGAUGCGGUAUCUAAUGUCGUGUAAAUCACAUUUUCCCUGCGAGACAUUCGUUAAAACCACGGAAUCCUAUUUGCAUCGGCAGUAUUAGUGGUUCAUCCUGCGGUCCGUGUUCAUAAUGGCGAUGUUCCGCAGUUUUGUGUCUGCUGCUCAGCUCAGGCAGCAUCAGCAGCAAAAUGGAGCCGCAGCAGCCGCACCUGGGGAAAGCCUGGAGAGCCAGUUCUCCUGUCCCAUCUGUCUGGAGGUGUACCACAAACCUGUCAGCAUCGCAAGCUGCGCCCAUACUUUCUGUGCGGACUGUCUACAGCCGUGUCUGCAGGUGACAUCGCCUCUCUGUCCACUCUGCCGCAUGCCUUUCGAUCCAAAAAAAGUGGACAAAUCCUCCAGCCUGGAGAAGCAGCUCUCUUCAUAUAAGGCACCAUGUAGAGGGUGCAGCAAAAAGGUCACCCUGGUCAAAAUGCGGUCGCAUAUUUCAUCUUGCACAAAGGUUCAGGAACAGAUGGCCAAUUGCCCAAAGUUCAUGCCUGUGGUCCCCACCUCACAACCCAUUCCCAGCAAUAUUCCAAACCGUUCCACAUUUGUGUGCCCGUUCUGUGGCGCUCGCAACUUGGACCAACAGGAACUAGUGAAGCACUGCAUGGAGAACCAUCGCAAUGACCUCAACAAAGUGGUAUGUCCAGUAUGUUCAGCUAUGCCUUGGGGUGACCCCGGCUAUAAGAGCUCCAACUUCCUGCAGCAUCUUCUCCACCGGCACAAAUUCUCCUAUGACACAUUUGUGGACUACAGUAUUGAUGAGGAGGCAGCACUGCAGGCAGCACUGGCCCUCUCACUGUCUGAAAACUGAGAGUCUGACAUUAUAUCCUGUUCCACAAACACAGCCAUGUGAAGGAUCUUCUCACCUGUCUUGUUUUAGGCUGAAUAUUUUCAUUGUUCCUCUGUUUUUCUCUCACUCUACCUCUCUUCUGGUCUAUAUUUCUGAGCUACACUCCAGCUAGAUUUUGAAGUAGCUCUAUAGCUUGUUUGCCAGUUGCAUAACAUUUGAGCAAGGUUGUCACUUCCUGAAUUUUAAGGGGAGGAGCUUCUGGUUACUUAUCAUAAUCAUCAUCAUUAUGGUAACCAUGAAAACAUCAACCAACAAAACAUUGAUGUAUGCAAAAGUCAGACAAAGGAAUAGAUAAAUAUCACCAUGCUUAUUCUUGUUGUUCUUCCUAUUGUUUUCUAUCCAAAUGUGACAUAGACCCCGGCAAUGAAGUGAAAAUCAGUACAGAGGGAUCAGCGUUUAAAACAGUGCGUCAUGUUAAAGCGAAGUUGACAAGUGUACUUUGUUGGGGUUGGCUGUCCUCGUGAUGAACUCUCAUCUUUAGGCAAUACCAAUAGAGAGAAUGAGAGACCGAUCUUCAGCAUCCUCAUUAUCACUCAUUUCAUCAUUUAUGGAAUUCGGAAUACCAUCUGCCCUUUUUUAAUCAAAAGUUGAUGUGAAUACUUGCACUCGUCACAGUUUUCUACAUGUCUGAAUUCUAGUAUCGUUGUUCUUUUAUAGUUCAAUAACAGAAUAUUGACAGGACUGCAUACUCUGCUCUUAACUUGCAACAGUAAUAUUUUCUAAGAAGCGUCAGAUAAGAUUAAAAUUAAUAUUUUUGGAAAAAAGUUUCAGUUUUAAAUGGUGCACUAAUAAUAAGACGGCAAGCUUCUAGAGGUGUGCUGAAACGUUUUAUCUUUUAAUGUAUCCAUUGGUACUGUUCAUCUGUAACACUCACUAGUGCUGAGUCCUUUGGGAGAUUUUUAUUUACGAGUUCCGUAAUCUUAAUUAUAAUGUGACGUGAAUUCAAGCGAUUUGGUCGGAAUAAGAUGGAUUCAUUGGGAAUGUUUCUUUCUCUCACUAUCAUUUACCGAUAAAACAUUGAAAGCUUUUUAGCACAUAUUUUAUCAUUAUUGUGCUGCCACAGAAAAUGAUGUGACAUUUUUACACACUUAAUGAUCACCAGGUGGCCAAAGAUUGAUUUAUUAGCAUGGCCAAGUUAGCCCGCUGGUUAAAUUUACACCCUCUGCUUUUUAAAAGCACCCCUUUCCAUUCAAAAUUAUGAUGUGUGAAUUAAUUUUCACAACUACAUUGCAUUAUGAUCAAUACCAGCUUCCGCCACGAUUCUUGUAUUGAAAGGCAUUCAUGUCAACUAAAUACAAUUAUUCCAACGUGACUUGAAAGCAGCAUCGAUAUGGAGAAACUUGAGAACAUAAUAACAGGAAGUGGAAGAGUGUGUAGUUGUACACUUUGGCCACAAAGUCAUUCAGAGCGCAGGCUCGAUAUUUAAAAAAAAAAGUUUUUGUCUUUUACUACUACUGGUAGGGGUUUUUGUACUUUGUAAGUGUUGAAUCCAAGCCUAUGUACGGUGUUAAGAAGCACUGAUGUUUAGAGGAGCGCUGGUGUGAUAGGGUUUGGCAUUAGGGAUCUAAUAUCCCUACUUUGCAGAGAUAUCUAACCAUGUUUUAAGAUACACCUUGAGUUGAGCGUUGAGCGUUAGGAGAGAAACAUACUCUACACAGGUACACAAAUGUGAAUGCCAAAGCGUAGCGCAAUGUUAAUGUUCUUUGUUUUCCUUUAUCUAAAAGUAUUUCAAACCAAACAAAGUAUUAAAAUAUGAAAAACCAAACAUGUUUCCUGGGAAGUAUUCAGGAAUUUUGGUGUUAUUACAGUAUAAUAACUGGCGUUAAUAAACCACAGUACUAAGAAUGUGAUAGUCACCUUCAAAUGUGUGUGCUAUUAAACUGGAUGUGUUUUAAGUAGCUAGCUAUAAACAUAUUGACUUUUAUCAGACAAGAUUCUUGUCAAAUUGUUGUUUCGCCAUGACCAUACUUAACAUAAAAGAAAACUGCUUAGGCUAAUAUCUGCUGUAUUGCCAUUACGGUAAUGCUGUGAAUAGAUACUUAUAUUAUGAAUUGUGCUCUGGCACAUUUUGGAAUAGAACUAUAGCUCGAAUCAUUUGCAUUUAUGUACCUGCAUAGAGUUUGUUACAGGUCUACAAUGACGUACUUCAAGCUUCUGAGUUUCUGUGGCACGCUUAGUUUGGCAGAUUUGUUUGAUGCUGGUGCAUCAUUACGCAGUUGAUAUAGAUUUGAUAACUCUGCCAGAUGUAGUGGUUUUGAUAUAUUUAGAGCCAAUCUUGACAAAAGAGUGGAAGACCAUUAGAGCUGGUUGGAAACAUUUGUUUCUAAAGUUACCAACUUUUUUUUUGAAUAAGAUUAUGUUUCAACUUGUGAUUCAUUUCUGUGUUGAUGAAUGUUUGUUUAAUCUAUUGCAAUAGAGCUAUUGUGUUUAUCUCCAUUUUGUGAAUUACUGUUAUUUUAGCAAGGUUAAGCGUGUCACAAUCAUUGUCUAAUCUGAAACUCAGUGGCCAGGAAUGAACUAGGUCUGCAGCAUGAGAGUGACUCUCCAUGACUUGGAAGAAAGGAACAUUUAUGAACUUGUGUGAUGUGAAC